AUGAACUCACGUUUACUUAACAUUUUCCGUUUAGACUUCAUGGAUUUUGAUUCGAAAUACACAAUAGGUACGUUCAUCGAAAGCGGUUCAUUUGGAGAAGUGUGCCGUAUCAUUAGAAAUGCGGACAGAAUUCAGUUGGCACUGAAAACGAUCUACAAAUCAAAGCUACCUCAUUACGCGUGUCCUUCUCAUGAUGGUUAUCCAGUCGAGGUGGAACUUCUGAAGAACCUCGAACAUCCACAUAUCAUAAAAUUUGUCGACUCAUUUGAGGAUGCGAAAUCAUUUUUCCUAGUAAUGGAGUUGGUUGAAAAUUCUAUCGAUUUAUAUGAUUUCACCAUGAAACGUAUAGAGAUGUCAGAAGAAGUGCUAGCGUAUAUUUUUGCUCAGGUAGCCGACGCUCUUCUCUACCUUCAUUGUCAUGAUAUAGCACAUCUUGAUAUCAAACUAGAAAAUGUCGUCAUGGAUGAAAACUUGAAUUGCAAGUUGGUGGACUUUGGCAGUGCGUCUAUAUGCAGAGACGAUGACGUUUUUCAUUUUCCGAGGUGUUCCGAGCCCGCUUGUAGUCCCGAGAUAUGGACCGGUCGCAGGUUCGUUGAACGACUUUGA